CAGCCAUUGGAGAAUGCAUAAGUUUACAUAUGUCUACGUGUGCGUGUGUGUGUUCUACUAACAUAACGCAAAUCCUGGGCGAGUCAGGGCCGAAAACCCGCGUCGCCCACGUGUCCCAUCUAUUUUCAACCCAACACUCUGCCUCCAAUCCGUGGCCGAGAUAACCAAAAGACCCCUCUCAAGAGGUUCGCAUCUUAUGAGCUAUCAAUCACCACCAUGAUACCUCUAGUGAUUCUAUACGGCAACAUCGCUGAGAUUUACGAUCUUCCGUGUUCUACACUAUGCGCACGCAUGACCAAGCAAACCCACCGCGCCGAGAGACGCGCAAAUUGCACUCAAUUAACUCAAUUAGACGGAGAUGUUAAGCAGGUGUAGUGUAAACGCCUUUUCGAGCUAGCGAUAGCCUACCUUAUCGAUAGUCCAGCCGUGACUCCAUAGGUACCUCAAAUCGCUAAUCAACUAUAGGUCCGCCUAUCCGCCCUAAGUAUUUCAAUCGUAAGGUAGGAGUAGCCUAUUCACGAUUGCACCGUUAUCCAAGCUUAGCUCUACCCUACCCGCUGCUCCUAGUUGUAGCUAGGAGGUAGCUUAAGGUUGUUGAGACGUUGACCCGUUCCGGUGUUAACGAUAGCAAUAAGCUUGAUUUUCUUCCUGGGUUACUAAUAGCGCACUCUGUGGCUUAUCAGCGUUCG